UCCUACGCAUUCUCCAUGCGCUUUCACAAGCUAAUCAAUAAAACAGAACCAACUCCCCCACAGAGAAACUCCACGCGAGUUAUGUGGAGGAGAGGACUGUUCUUUCCAAUGGCUCCUCCUCUUCCUCCAUCUAGAGGACCAUUCUUCCUGAUGGCUCCUCCUCUUCCUCCAUCUCCUUCAUUCAUCGCCUCGAGCAAACACGAUGAUCACGAAGAGGGGAGGAUGGAACCAUCGGGGUACGCCAGGAAAAGUUAUGACCUGAACAGCAAGAUCAUGCUGGCGUCGAUCAUUUCGUUGUCGGUGGUGGUAGUUCUCGUCACCCUCCUCCACAUAUACGCGAGGUGGCUCAUCCGCCGCCAGGCCCGCCGCAGGGCAGCCAUGAAUAGCUUGGGCCUGGUGGCCCGGGGAAAUCAUCACUCUCAGCCUCCGCCCAAGACGGGCCUUGACCCUUCAGUCAUAGCCUGCCUCCCCACAUUUGUAUUCCGGCAACUCGAUACGACAGCCCAGACUGCGACCACACUGACUGCAUCCGAGUGUGCGGUCUGCCUGAGUGUCUUAGAGGACGAGGAAGUGGUUAGACUGUUGCCUAACUGCAAGCACACUUUCCACAUUGAAUGCAUUAAUAAGUGGUUCGCCACGCACUCAACAUGCCCAAUUUGCCGGGCCGAAGCAAAGCCUGCAGAUCAGCCUGAACCGGCUGGUCAGUCUGCUGGGCCUCCACCAACAGCACCGCCGAUACUCGAACGCACAGGUUCUGUGGUCUCUUUGUGCGUGGAGGGUACUUCAUCAGAAGAGGCAGGGGCGAGCUCAGCCCAUAAGCGGAGCGGAUCAAUCUCGAGGCUCAGUUCAUUCAGGAGAAUGCUCAGCAGGGAAAGAUCAUCAAGAAGGAUUCAGCCCGAAGAAGACGGUACGGAAGAUCUUGAAAGACAACAGUGAGUUAGAAAGCAUAAAGUUGACAAGAAUUUUUCCUCUAUUCCAUUUUUCAGUUCUUAUGUAUACAUGUCACGCCAUACAAUUGAUAUAUGACACACACUUUCUGGUUAACAAAGUCAGCUGUAUCGCUCGAGUUUUGCCGAUAGUGUUAGAAGUUCAAUAUCCCUGUAAAUUUUUGUACUCCUAGGGCAUAUAUAGUACAUACACAUAAACAUAUACAUGAACAUUAAACUUGGUCUA